AUGGAAAAGGCGAAGGCGUAUAUAAAAAGCUCGUUAAACGCAUCGGGCACGGGCACCAAUGCGGCGGUGGCGGGCAAGGCGCCGGACUCGCCCGCACCCCGCGACCCGCCCGGGGAGGAGAGGGUGUGCUUCGUGUGCGGGGGCGCGGGGUUCGGUGACCAGUUCACUGUUAGAGUGAAGUCUGAUCCUCAGAGCUCCGAGCCAUACUUCCCUUUCCUCGGUGCCCACGCGCCUCCCAACGGCUACCGGUCCGAAGGUGAUGAGGACGGCACCGUCCGGUGCUGCUGCGUGUGCUACACCUUCCUCCGGCAGCAGUGGGAGCAGUACGACAGAGAGAACAAACCGCAUAGCCAAAGGUUCUAUUGGAUGAAACGGCUCGAUGGGAAACCCUUUAUUGGUGCAGAUAUGUCGUUCCAAGGCGAGUACGCAGCCCAAGUACUCGGCCUGGGCGCUGAAGCGAACGCGACCAGAGACGAGCCCACCACGCCCGCGCCGCGCCCCGACCCGCCACGCAUCGCUUCGCCCAAGAAGGAGAAUCACACUGCUAAGUUUAAUAAUCAGCGCUACCCCCCUCCGUCGGGGGGCGCGGCGGGCGCGGGCGGCGCGGCGGGCGGCGAGGACGAGGGCGUGCUGGACCUGCGCGCGAGGGACCCCUCCGUCAUCUCCGUGGGCUCGCAGCACUCGGAGGCCAGCGAGCCGGCGGGCUACCUGGAGGCUGUCAGGUCGACGGUGUCGGUGUACUCGGGCAACUCGACGUCGUCGUCGGAGCGCGACAUCCUGGACCUGUCGAUGCCGGACAAGAACUGCAUGACGGAGGUGUGCUACGUGUGCGGCGACGAGUACAAGCGCGGCACGCUCUACAACCUGCACACCAAGGAGCCCAAGGACAAGACGAACAAGCAGCCGUACUUCCCGAUCUUCGGCGAGCAGCACCCGCGGCCGCCGCGCUCGCGGCCCAAGGACGCGCAGGGCACGGUGCGCGCGUGCGCCGCCUGCCACCACCACCUCGUGCAGCAGUGGAGCGCGUACCAGAUGCGCGCGGUGCCCGCACAGGAGCGCGUGUACACCCUCCGCACGCGGCCCCCGUCCCUCCUGCCCCCCUCGCCCCUCAGCCUGGCCUCGUCCGGCGACAAGUCGGUGGCGACGCACGCGCACUCCCCCUCCCUGGACCGUCCGCCCUCACAGACGACGGCCAGCUUCGUGUGCUACGUGUGCGGCGUGUCGGCGCCGAGCUCGCAGCUGAGGCUGGUCUACUGCUGUGCCAACCCCGAGAGGGAGCCCUACUACCCCUUCAUCACCACACUCAAACCCCAUCCGGACGCGAGUCCGAUUAGUCCGCAAGGCAUGGUGCAGAUCUGCGCGACGUGCUACAAGAGCAUCCCCCACAAGUACCCCGCCUACAGUGAAAACGGCGAGCCCAACGCAGCACACAAUAACUCGCACACCAAUAAUAUUAGGUUCAAGCCGUACGAGAUGAAGCCGGCGCCGGGCGCGGGCAAGCGGCCGUCCAGCGCGCUGGCCGCCAGCCCGCACUCGCAGCUCGUCGCCGAGAACGGCAUGGGCCUGUACAGGUGCUACGUGUGCGCAGGCCUCUUCCCGCAGCAGUCCAUGGAGUGGCUCUCCACCAGCGCGGAGUACAUGAACUCGCACGCCAUGCACUUCCCGUGCCUGGCGGGCGCGGGCGCGGGCGCGGGCGGCGGCCCGGGCGCGGGCGCGGGGGCGGGCGGGCGCGUGCUGGCGUGCUCGCGCUGCGUGCGCCACCUGGCGCGCCAGUGGGAGCUGAUGGACGCCGAGCGGGUGCCCUUGGAGCACAGGAGGUACAACAUCCCGUCGCCGCUGCCGAUGUCGCUGAACGGCGAGCGCGUCAUCCCCACGCCGCCCUCCACCACCUCCGACCGCACCGUCGCCAGCAACAGCGCGUGCACGUCCAUCUACUGCUUCCUGUGCGGGCUGCACUCGGACCUGACGCUGGCGCGCGUGCUGUUCGGGCAGCCGCAGGGCAACGCGCCCUACUUCCCCUGCCUGCUCACGCACCAGAGCCACCCGAACGCGGAGCAGCUGCGCGAGAACGGGUCGGCGCUGGUUUGCACCUUCUGCUACCACUCGCUGCUCAGCCAGUGGCGACGAUACGAGGCGCUGGGCGGCGUGGGCGCGGAGCGGCGCGCGUACAACACGCACGACUACCACUGCCACCUCUGCGGCAUCAAGACCUACCGCAAGCGCGUGCGCGCGCUGCCCAUCAAGGAAUUCCCCUUCUUAAUGCAAAGGCGGACGGAGAACUCGUUGUUAUUAGAAAAUGGAGACUACGCUGUUGUUUGUUUAGACUGUUAUGAAAGCUUAAGGACGCAGGCCGGCGACUACGAGCGGCGCGGCGUGCCGGUGGAGAAGCGCGAGUACAACUGGCUGCAGCAGCCGCCGCCGCCCGAGGACAGCGCCGACGUGACCAUCGCGCGCCUGCCCUCGGGCGACCGCUCCGACAAGCUCAUCCCGCAGCCGCUGGUGCUGGCGCGCGCGCGCCGCCACAGCCCCAAGCGCCCGCCGCCGCGCCCCGCGCGCCCCGACCGCCCCGACCGCCCCGACCGACCCGACGCAGGUCAGUGCCCAUCUGUCUAUGUGAACGAACAAUCUCUU